GCUUGUCCAUUUAUAGUCUUGCUCUUUGGGAUGCUGAAGGUGCUGAAAUAGCAGCAGUGACAAGAGACUCGGCUCAGUGUUAAAUAUCCACCGUGCUGGCCUGACAGACUCUGAGAUGACAAUAGGGAGAAUGGAGAACGUGGAGGUCUUCACUUCUGAGGGCAAAGGCCGGGGUCUGAAGGCCACCAAAGAGUUCUGGGCUGCGGAUGUCAUCUUUGCCGAGCGGGCUUAUUCUGCAGUAGUUUUUGACAGCCUCGUUAACUUUGUGUGCCACACAUGCUUCAAGAGGCAGGAGAAGCUCCAUCGCUGCGGGCAGUGCAAGUUUGCCCAUUACUGUGACCGCACCUGCCAGAAGGACGCUUGGCUGAACCACAAGAACGAGUGUUCUGCCAUCAAGAGAUACGGGAAGGUGCCCAAUGAGAACAUCAGGCUGGCAGCGCGCAUCAUGUGGCGGGUGGAGAGAGAGGGCACCGGGCUCACAGAGGGCUGCCUAGUCGCCGUGGAUGACUUGCAGAACCACGUGGAGCACUUUGGGGAGGAGGAACAGAAGGAGCUGCGGGUGGACGUGGACACGUUCUUGCAGUACUGGCCGCCCCAAAGCCAGCAGUUCAGCAUGCAGUACAUCUCGCACAUCUUCGGAGUGAUUAACUGCAACGGCUUCACCCUCAGUGACCAGAGAGGCCUGCAGGCAGUGGGCGUGGGCAUCUUCCCCAACCUGGGCCUGGUGAACCACGACUGUUGGCCCAACUGCACCGUCAUAUUUAACAACGGCAAUCAUGAGGCAGUGAAAGCCAUGUUUCACACCCAGAUGAGAAUUGAGCUCCGGGCCCUGGGCAAGAUCUCAGAAGGAGAGGAGCUGACCGUGUCCUACAUCGACUUCCUCAACGUCAGCGAAGAGCGCAAGAAGCAGCUGAAGAAGCAGUACUACUUUGACUGCACGUGUGAGCACUGCCAGAAAAAGCUGAAGGACGACCUCUUCCUGGGGGUGAAAGCCGACCCCAAGCCCUCUCAGGAAGCGGUUAAGGAGAUGAUACAAUUCUCCAAGGACACACUGGAAAAAAUAGAUAAGGCUCGCUCUGAGGGUUUGUAUCAUGAGGUUGUGAAAAUAUGCCGGGAGUGCCUGCAGAAGCAGGAGUCAGUGUUUGCUGACACCAACCUCUACAUGCUGCGGAUACUGAGCACUGUUUCGGAGGUCCUCUCCUACCUCCAGGCCUUUGAAGAGGCUUCCGACUAUGCCAGGAGGAUGGUGGAUGGCUACAUGAAGCUCUACCACCCCAACAACGCCCAACUGGGCAUGGCCGUGAUGCGGGCAGGGCUCACCAACUGGCAUGCUGGUAACAUUGAGGUGGGGCAUGGGAUGAUCUGCAAAGCCUAUGCCAUUCUCCUGGUGACACACGGACCCUCCCACCCCAUCACCAAGGACUUAGAGGCCAUGCGGGUGCAGACGGAGAUGGAGCUGCGCAUGUUCCGCCAGAACGAGUUCAUGUACCACAAGAUGCGCGAGGCUGCCCUCAACAACCAGCCCAUGCAGGUCAUGGCCGAGCCCAGCAGUGAGCCAGCUCCGGCUCUGUUCCAUAAGAAGCAAUGAGGACCUGCCUGGUGGGGGAAGGGCAACGGGGCGGGGGACUGGAGAGAGAUUCUGGAGGUUGGUGGGUCUAGGGGAGACCCUUGAUGAGGAAGCCGAGGCAAUGCUCAACCUUGUUGCUGUGGGAAUGUUCUUCCCUGUGUUCCCCAGCGUCAUUUUGGUUCAAUUCAACUGAAUUCACUUCAAGUUAAUUCUGUCCCAGGCCAGCCCAAUUCCUCCUACAAAUAUUUAUUGGAUGCUAGGCCCUAGCACCCAAUAAAGGAUAUUCAGAUGGAGUUGGGUGGGGAAGCAAAAUGUAAACAAACAUUUAAAGUGCAGCGUAAUUAAAUGCAGUGGGGAACUCUACGGAGGGGUGCAGAGGCUGGCGUGUGUCUGGGGUGUGUGCACAUCAUGGAGGGGGUGACCUCUGAGCUGAGGGCAGCAGGUGCCUGGAGUCCCAGGUGGCUGCUCUCCCAUCUGUGCAGGUGUCUGUGGGCUGCUGGUCUCCCCUGGGGCCUGGUAUAUUCAUAUCUGGCUGACUAGGAUGGGUGGUGUCCAGUUCCCUCAGGCUGGUGUGGUGUGAUGAAGACGGGGCUGUGUCUGGGCCAUUCAGGUUCUACUGGGAGAAUGGAAACCCCUUCAGAAUGUGCAUAUGCAGAGAGAGGGGAGGGCCUUGUCCACCUGAGGCUUCCAUUAACAUCUGGUUCCAAGUACAGUUCUAGAAUUAUUUCUGGAAUACACAGAGAGGGAAUGUACCUUCCCUACUUUCAUCACCAAGCCUCGUGCCUCCCUGGGAGGUAGGGGCUACUUGGACACCACUGGGAUUUUUCUGUCCAUUUGCCUAGUAGAAUGGAAAAGUCUUUUUGGGGUGAAGCUGAGAGAGAAACUUGGAAACACAUAUACCCAGUGAUCAUGGGUCCAGCAGAAUUGGCCCUUGGGGACUUUAUUUGGUUGCAUGUGCCUGGGGGGUCUUUACCAGCUCAGACUUCAUCAUUGUCCCCAGCGAUGCUCCAGCCUCAGUACUAAAUCAUUGUUCCUUCUCCUUGCUCAGUUUCUUUCUCUGUUCAUGCCCUGGGGGCCUCUGCUCUUCUCACUAGAAAGAGCACUCUAAUCUGGACUGUGCCAUGCCUGGGUUGGGAUCUCUCAGAAAAGGACUUACCCUCAUCUCCUGGGAGUCUCCAUGAUUCCCAUCUGAGAAGUGAGGGUCUUGGGAAUCAACCAAUCCCAAGGUUGGCCUGUUACCCUGUUAUCUUCUGAGGCCCCACGUUUCUCACCAAUGUUUUGGGAGAUCCAGGAACACAGUUGUUCAGUUGGGGGUGUCAUCAAGACUUCUACAUGACCUGGGGCUACCACUGACCCUAGAGCUCUGCCUAGUGUCUUGAAGUCAAGCAAUCCCAGCAGGUUCCAUAUUUGUUAUCUCUGCCUGAAACCUUAGCCCCUUCAUCUUUACCCUUUCAUCCCUAGAAUGACCCGCUGGCUCCCUCUGAACCUUGUCCAGUGGCUGAAAACUCUGCAAAUGGGCCACCUUUUCACAGAAUACAUGUACCUGACAUUCGGGUCUUUGGGGACACUCUCCUUUCUAGAAGGUUUUUAUAGGAAGAAUGACAGUUCUUUCAAGCCCCCGUACCACAGGCUUAGGGACAGCAUUGACAUUCUCUCAGGGACCUUACCGACACAUUCAAAUUAUACUCUUCACGCUCAUAUAAAACCUCCCAGGAAAACUUUCUUCCCUUCUUUGUCAUUGUCGUCUGCCAAGCCACCAGCCAUUUCCCUAUAUUCAUGGUCGUUUUUUCCAUCUCAUCUUCCAAAAUUGAUCUUCACCCAUUAUUGCUUCUGCAUCCCAGAUCCUCGACAUUUCUCCACCCACUGCCAUCUUAAGUGCAAUCAAUAAAAAUGGUGCGGACUCUUGGAUCAUAAUCUUCAAAGCUGAAUAUUUUUUUAGUUGUAUAGUUAUUAUAUGCCUUUUUUCACCUUCCAUUUCUUCUUGGCUCCACUGCAGACUGGCUCCCACUCCCGCUUCUCUACUAAAAUGGCUUUUACCAAGAUCAGCUCUAGUGGGUACUUAUUAGCCCUCCUAUUUUUUGGCCUCUCUGCAUCAAUCGACACUCCUGGCCUUUGGUUUUUGUGACCCCACUUCCUUGUGACGAUCCUCUGAGGUGGCUUCUCAGGCUCCUUCACUGGCCCUGUUUCUCUACCUGCCCCUGACACAUUGGCAUUUUCUGGAGUUGGUUUUGUCCUUGGUUCUUUCUAUCCUCACUCUGCACACACCCGCUGCACGAGCUUAGGCAGGCUCUUUGUUUAAUGACCACCUUGAGGCUGAUGAUUUUUAAGUCUGUAUCCCCUGACCUUGCACUUCAGCCCCAGCCCCUCACAACCUCUCAGAUGUUUGCAGACUCAGCAAACUCGGCAUAUCCAAAAUGAGACUCUUAUCUUUCCUUUCUCCCCUCCCCACAUCUGUCCCUCCUCAGGACACCACCCUAGAACAGCACCUCCUCCAUCAGAUUGUGAGCUCUUGGAGGGUGGGGACUAUUGUGUCCCUCUGUUCAUCAUUUUAUCCCCAGAACCUAGCACAGGUCCUGGAACAUGGUAGGUGCUCAGUAAAUGUGUGUUGAAUAAGCGAAUGAAUGAAUGAACAUAUGAAUGAAUUUGCUUGUCUCAGAAGGAAGAGACAUGGAACUGUGUGUAUUCUGAAUUUUUAUGUAAAAGCAGUCAGCAAAGCCCAUUAAAUACUCUGUGUUUCCAAGAAAA